AUGACAUCCUGGCAGAGACGUCAAACUGUUACUGCAGCCUCAGGCCUACGCCGCUACCCAACUCGCAGGAUUAAUCUCGUCCAGGGCUCUGUUCUCAGUGCCGACUAUCCAGUUCCCAGCGCGAUUCGAAACUCGGUGGAAGCAAAAUACCGCGAUUCAAAUGGCACAAGUGCCGAAGAGUUCACCCAUCUCCGAUACACGGCUGCCACUUGCGACCCUGAUGACUUCAAUCUACGCAAUGGCUAUAACUUGCGGACCGCCAUGUAUAAUCGAUAUACCGAACUUCUGAUCGCAAUUACCUAUUACAAUGAGGACAAGGUCCUGACCGCUCGAACUCUCCACGGAGUCAUGCAGAACAUUCGGAAUAUUGUGAACUUGAAAAAAACCCAGUUCUGGGAUAAAGGAGGCCCUGCAUGGCAGAAGAUUGUGGUAUGCCUGAUUUUCGACGGUAUCGGUCCUUGUGAUAAGGAUGUUCUUGAUGUUCUGGCUACAAUCGGAAUAUAUCAGGAUGGUCUAAUGAAGCAUGACGUUGAUGGCAAAGAGACCGUGGCACAUAUAUUCGAGUAUACCACCCAAUUGUCGGUCUCUCCCUCCCAGCAGCUAGUCCGUCCGCUGGCCGAUGAUUCAGCCAACUUGCCGCCGGUGCAGAUGAUCUUUUGCCUGAAGCAAAAGAACAGCAAGAAGAUCAAUUCUCACCGCUGGCUGUUCAAUGCAUUUGGAAGGAUUCUGAAUCCAGAGAUAUGUAUCCUGAUUGAUGCGGGCACGAAACCAGGCCAUAAUUCCCUUCUUGCGCUAUGGGAAGCGUUCUACAACAAUAAAAACCUGGGAGGAUCGUGUGGCGAGAUUCAUGCCCUGCUCGGUUCUCGCUGGGAAAAGCUGGUUAAUCCCUUGGUAGCCGCGCAGAACUUUGAGUACAAAAUCUCGAAUAUUUUGGACAAGCCUUUCGAGAGCGUCUUCGGGUAUGUCAGUGUCUUGCCUGGGGCAUUUUCCGCUUAUCGCUACCGUGCUAUCAUGGGUCGACCGCUGGAGCAGUAUUUCCAUGGAGAUCAUACGUUGUCAAAAAGGUUAGGGAAAAAAGGGAUCGACGGGAUGAAUAUCUUUAAGAAAAAUAUGUUCUUGGCGGAGGACCGCAUCUUGUGCUUUGAGCUGGUUGCAAAGACAGGGUCGCAAUGGACACUGAGCUAUGUGAAAGCCUCCAGAGGGGAGACCGAUGUCCCGGAAGCGCCGGCGGAGUUUCUCAGUCAGAGGCGCCGAUGGCUGAAUGGAUCAUUUGCCGCAAGCCUGUAUGCCGUGAUGCACUUCAGCCGUGUCUACAAAAGUGGUCACAAUAUUCUUCGACUUGCCUUCCUCCACGUGCAGUUGUUAUAUAAUAUUUUCCAACUGACUAUGACAUGGUUUUCUCUCGCAUCCUACUGGCUUACUACCUCGGUGAUCAUGGACAUCGUGGGGACUCCAAGUGCGACAAAUAAGAAUAAGGGGUGGCCGUUUGGGAAUGACGCUUCGCCGGUCGUCAAUAAUGUCAUCAAGGCUUUAUACUUGGCGUUCUUGAUGCAGCAGUUCUUCUUAGCGCUCGGGAAUCGGCCUAAAGGGUCCCAAUUUGCGUAUAUUCUAUCCUUCCUCUAUUUCUCCCUCGUUCAGUUAUACAUCCUUAUUCUUUCCUUUUACCUCGUCACUCAGGCAUUUAGCGGCGGCAAUAUGGAUCUCGACCUUGAUCAUGGGGCCCAAGGGCUGUUGGAAUCCUUCUUCACUUCCACAACAGGCCUCGUGUUGGUCGCACUGGCAUCGACCUACGGGACGUAUUUCAUAGCGAGCGUUCUCUACUGUGACCCUUGGCAUCUUCUGACAUCUUCCUGGGCAUACUUUCUCGGGAUGCCGUCAACCAUCAACAUUCUCAAUGUCUACGCUUUUUGCAACUGGCAUGACGUCUCGUGGGGUACAAAAGGUUCCGACGACGCGGCUUCUCUUCCCUCAGCGCAGACCGAAAAAUCAGCUGCCCAGAAAACCUUUUUUGAGGAGGUGGACAAGCCUCAGGCCGACAUUGAUACUGAAUUCGAGCUUACUGUCCGACGCGCCCUGGCACCGUGGCAGAAGCCGACAGAGAAAAAGGAAGCGCAACUGGACGAUUCGUAUAAAACAUUUCGAACCAAUCUCGUGCUCCUGUGGGCUUUGUCUAAUUGCCUGUUGGCGUUGCUGAUCAACAAUGCUAGCGUGACAAAUUUAUGCUUGACGACCACAUCGACCGACCGCACGGCGUGGUACUUCAAAGUGAUCUUAUGGGCGACAUCUGGUCUCUCCAUCUUUCGGUUUCUAGGUGCUCUUUGUUUUUUGGGGAAGACGGGCGUGUUGCGUUGCUUGUCGCGUCGCUGA